AUGGCUUUGCUGAAGCACUUCCACCUCAGAGAAUGCGAGACUGGCGGAAACGCUUCCCGAAAAUACUUCAAGGCUGAUCGACAGGUUGAAAGAUUUCUGGCAGACCCCAUCAUUGACCCGGAGACAACUCUUUACGGAGAAUUGCAACAAGGUCUACGGGGCGAUAUAAGUACUUUGAGGUCCCUGCGCGCGAUAGAGGCCCUCUGCACCCAGAUGAUGGAUAUCAGUGUUCAUCUUGAGCAGCUCAGUGAGUCCUACAAUAAAGUAGACGGGGGGAGCGAUGACGAUUCUGGAGACAACCGGCGUAAUAAUGACAACGCCGGUCGAGAUGAGGGAACGAGUGGAAAUAGUAAGAUUCAACGAAUUACUGCAGCAUCAUUUGCUUUGAGCAUCCUGAAUCUGGUUGCACAGAUAUAUGCUGGUAAACCCGAGAAGGACGGUGAUUCUUCAGCAUCGGGAUACAUCGCUCUGGUGGUCAUUCUGAACGUCUUGUUCUUUCUGGGAAUUCUGUGGUAUCUAAGAUCGUAUGUGACCAGGUACGUCCGAUUGAUGUGGCAUUUUCUUUCAUUGACGAGACAACGUAUUUGGCAAUGGUUUGUAAUAAUGGUUGGAUUCGUCAAGAUGAUUAGAAGAAUGGCAUAUGGAUUGGUUGUCGCUUCAGCUAUCUAG